CAGAGCUUUCUUUCCCUUGAGGCUAAAGCUGUCAUCUCUCUCUCUUCCUUAUAGUGCUCUAUUUCUCUCCACAUUCACACACAAUCACUUGUCUUUCUUUUUUUAAAAAAAUCUUUGUGGAGAGAAGCAUUUUAAUUAAGGGUUUACAAAGCUUCUAAGCAUUGGAAGAUUUUGACUGUUCUUGAUGGUUUCAAUAGUCGAUUGAUUCAAAUCAAGAAGCUUUCUAAUUUCCAAAAAAAAAAAGGAAAAAACAAUGGCGGUUCAUUCUAGCGUUAAUGGCGAUAAGAAGCACUGGUGGUUCACUCAAAGAAAGCUUGUUGAUAAGUACAUUAAAGAUGCAAGGAGUUUAAUGGCAAGUGGGGAGCUAAACGAUGUCACUUCAGCUCUUCAUUUAUUGGAGGCAGCCUUGUCGAUAUCGCCUCGUCUUGAGACGGCGUUAGAGCUUAAGGCUAGGUCUCUGCUCUUCCUCCGUCGUUUCAAAGAAGUCGCCGAUAUGCUUCAGGAUUACAUUCCCAGUCUUAAGCUAGCCGCUAACGAAGAGGAAGCAUCCCCUUCUUCAUCAGAAGGCUCAUCCUCAUCCUCAUCCUCAUCCUCUCGCGACGGAGUGAAGCUUCUCUUCGACAGGUCGGAACGUGACUCGUCGUUAAAAUGCUUCUCUGUUUCUGAUUUGACCAAGAAAGUGAUGGCAGGGAUCUGUAAGAAAUGCGACCAAGAUGGCCAAUGGAGGUACGUUGUGUUGGGGCAAGCUUGUUGCUACCUAGGACUAAUGGAGGACGCGAUGGUUCUCCUUCAAACCGGCAAACGUCUCGCCUCCGCCGAGUUUCGUCGCCGGAGUAUUUGCUGGUCCGACGAUAGCUUCAUUCCCCUCUCUGUAUCCUCCUCACCAACGUCUCCGCCACGCAACCUCACGGAAGGGGAGAACGCCACUCACCUUCUCGCUCACAUCAAGCUUCUCCUCCGUCGUCGCGCCGCCGCGAUCGCGGCAUUCGACGCCGGCCUCUUCUCCGAGUCAAUCCGUCACUUCUCCAAGAUCGUCGACGGCCGUCGCCCCGCGCCUCAAGGAUUCCUCGCCGAAUGCUACGUGCAUCGAGCCGCCGCGUUUAAAUCCGCCGGACGAAUAGCGGAGGCGAUCGCCGACUGCAACAAAACGCUAGCUCUGGAGCCGUCGUGCAUCCAAGCGCUGGAGACUAGAGCCGCGCUCCUGGAAACCGUACGGUGUUUUCCGGAUUCGCUUCACGAUCUAGAGCACUUGAAGCUUCUGUACAACGCGAUUCUCCGAGAUCGGAAACUUCCAGGUCCGGCGUGGAAACGCCACAACGUGAAAUACAGAGAGAUCCCUGGGAGAUUAUGCGUGUUGACGACGAAAACGAAGAAACUGAAGGAAAAGAUCGCAAACGGAGAAACUGGGAACGUUGAUUACUACGGUUUGAUCGGAGUCAGACGCGGUUGCACCAGAUCGGAGCUGGAUCGAGCUCAUCUGUUGCUGUGUCUACGAUACAAGCCUGAUCGAGCCUCCUCUUUCAUCGACCGGUGUGAGUUCACCGAUCUGAACGACGUCGAUUCGGUUAGAGAUCGAGCCAAGAUGUCUUCGCUGUUGCUUUACCGUUUGAUUCAGAAAGGGUAUUCCGCCGUGAAAGCGAUCAUAGUCGAGGAGGCGGAGGCGGCUGAGAAACGGAAAAGGAACGCUGCGGCGGCGCAGGCGCCAAUGCACAAUUUUGAAGAACGCAAGCCUGUUGAAAAAUCCGGUUUGGUUAAGAGAACCGGGUUCGCUGAAUUAAAAUCAGUGGAAAAAACUAAGAUAAGCGAUAGUACUCAACCGAAACCGGUAAAUUCCAAUGCGUACCAAGGAGUUUUUUGUAGAGAUCUCGCGGCUGUCGGGAAUCUACUAACCCGGGCUGGGUUCAAUCAUCCAAUUCCGGUUAAAUUCGAAGCUCUCACCUGCUAAAAUGUUCAGUGAUCAUUUUUUACCAAGUCAGCGAAUAUAAAUAAUAACCGAAUAUAUACUAUAGUGUUUGAAUACAAAUGAAAACGAUGUUAGGUAUUAAAUUGAAGAUUAGCUGCCAAAAAAACAAAGACACUGAAGAUUAUUCGACUGCAGGAAAAUUUUGUUACUUUA